AUGUUCCGAUCAUCUUUGUUUCCUAGGGUUCUCAUAUGUGAUGUUCGAAUGAAAUGUUCCCUCUCAAUUUUAUGGAAGUAUGUUUCCCAUUAUAUAAAAUGUCGCAUCAUCAGUCUUGCAAGUUAUUAUUACUCUAAUGCUGAAGAACAUGCAGUGAAGCAAGGUUUGAAUAACAACAUUCAAAGUGGUGUGAGACUGUGCAAAGAAGAAAUCAUAGAUGUGAUGGAAAAGCUGGGAUUGAGAGAGGAAUUUGAUGGGGUUAGUAUAGUGGAAUUUGGUGAUGAGCAAGAAAUUAGUAAUAUGUUUGAAAAUGGGGUUAGUUUGGAAGAGGUGGAAGAAGCUUUCAAUGUGUUUGAUAAAAAUAAAGAUGGGUUCAUAGAGGCUGUUGAGUUGCAAAGGGUGUUGUGUUGUUUGGGAUUUGAGAGAGACUUUGAGGAAUGUCAGAAAAUGAUUAAUGCUGUUGAUGAAAAUGGAGAUGAAUUAAUUGAUCACUUUGAGUUUGUCAAGUUGGUGGAACAGAGUUUUAGUUGA